AUUUCAAUAGCACGAGAGCGCGCGUGUGUAAUGAUCUGUCGCUCUGGAUCAUGGUUGUGGAUUAAUGAACUCUUGUUUCAAAUUUAUGUCGCCCGCCAUGCGGCAUGCUCCAUGUUCCAUGUUUCACGCGCCUCGAGCUGCGCGCCGUGCGUCGAGUUCAGUCAACUGUCUGGUGGUUGCUCCAGUUAUGAGACCAUUUCGUUGUGCUCCAAAAAUCAUCGGCACCUCUCUCGCACCUCCUCCGGCCUUCUGUUGGUUCAGUUGGUUCCGCAAAACGUGCCUCACACCUUGUCUCACCUCGUCCCAUUAAUGCAAGUCACGUCCCCGGCAAUUACAUCCGUCAGAUAUGCAGAGGAAUAGAGCAGUGUGAGUUGCUCCA